AUGGAGUUGCAGAGCAUAUUGGGAUAUCUAUGUAACAAGACUAUCUUGAUUACCGGAGCCACUGGCUUGCUUGGAAUGGUGUUUGUAGAGAAGAUAUUAAGGGUGCAACCAGAUGUGAAAAAGCUAUAUCUUCUUGUAAGACCUUCCCACGACAAGUCAGCGACGCAGCGAGUGAAUGAAGAGAUAAUAGGGAAGGAACUGUUCAAGAUUUUGAAGGAGAAAUGGGGCACAGAUUUCGAUUAUUUCGUAUCUCAAAAGGUUGUUGCUCUUUCCGGAGACGUAAGUUCUGAAAACUUAGGACUGAACAAAGUUAUAUUGGAACAAGUGUGCAGUGAAACCCAAAUCAUAAUAAACUCUGCGGCAAAUACCAACUUUGAUGAAAGGUAUGAUAUUUCUUUGGGCAUCAACACAUUUGGAGUUUCCCAUAUGCUAAACGUUACAAACAAAUGUUCAAAAUUAGAGAUGUUUCUCCAUGUCUCAACAGUCUAUGUGUGCGGGGAAAGGACAGGAAUCAUACUAGAAGACUUCUCUUCAAUGGAGGAGAUGGUAAAUGAUUCGACUAAGUUCGAUUUUGAGGUACUAGAAAGCAAUUUGGUGAAGGAAAAAUUGAAUGAGCUACGAACACAAAAUGCUGUCGAAGAGGUCAUUACAAAUACGAUGAAGAAUUUCGGCAUUGAAAGGGCUAAGUUUUACGGAUGGCCAAACACCUAUGUAUUUACGAAGGCAAUGGGAGAAUUACUUUUAAAGCAUUACUCAAACAAGAAUAUACCUUUUGUUAUCAUACGUCCUCCUAUAAUUACCAGCACUUACAUGGAACCAUUUCCAGGUUGGAUUCAAGGGUACAGAACUGUUGAUAGCGUAAUUGCUAGUUAUGCUAAAGGAAAGUUGACAUUCCUACCUCUUGAUCCUAUGACAAUAUCAGACAUGAUGCCUGUAGACAUAGUGGUAAAUUCAAUAAUUGCGGCAAUGGUGGUGAAUGCAAAGAAAACUUCUGGUACCAUUUAUCAUGUGGGAAGCUCUCUAAGAAAUUCUAUAAAAUUUAUGGAUGUUCGUAAUUUUAUGUUCCAAUACUUCACCAAAUAUCCGUGGGUUUACAAGGAUGGAAAGCCUAUCAAAGUUAGGUUGCUUACAAUAUUCAAGACUAUGGCUACUUUUCUGAUAUACAUGAAAAUCUGCUAUAUGCUACCCUUAAAGGGAUUAGAGGUGGUGAACAAAUUAUCUUAUGAAUAUUUCCAAGAUGUAUACGAUAAGAAUCACCAAAAACUUGGAUUGGUGAUGCGCAUGGCAGAGCUAUACCGUCCUUAUCUACUUUUCAAGGGCAUCUUUGAUGACACCAAUACAGAGAAGUUGCGAAUGUUAACAAAGGAGUGCUUCGUAGAUGCAGAGAGUUUUAAAUUCGAUCCGACAUGCAUUGACUGGGAAGACUACUUCAUGCACACUCAUAUUCCUGGCUUCCUAAAACAUGUUAUGAUGAAAUGA